AUGCCCCCAAAGCAAAUAGAAGAAGAAGAAGAAGAAGAAGAAGAAGAAGAAGAAGAAGAAGAAGAAGAAGAAGGUGUGUUGCACAGCAGCCCGAUUCUGUGUGUGGUUACUCGAAAGAAAGCACUACUGACAAAUUACCUGGUUAUCCGAGGGUGA